GCCGUGGCCCCCCGUGUGCCGCGGUCCCGAGCCAGCUGUGCUCAGGGAACUUCAUGGCGGUGGUGCCUGGGUUUGAGGUUUCAGGUGGUGUUCCUGGCAUGGAUUCUGGAUCUUCUGCCUGCAAGUGAAGCUUUCCCAACUCCUGACGCUGUGGUGAGUGCACUGUCUGUGGUGAAAGUGGGCAUGGAGACCCACUUGUUUAAGGUGCAGCCAUGCAGGAAAACCUCAGAUUUGCUUCAUCGGGAGAUGAUGUUAAAAUAUGGGAUGCUUCGGUUUUUAUGUUGGUGGAUAAGUUCAACCCCCACACAUCGCCACAUGGAAUUAGUUCACUGUGUUGGAGCAGCAAUAAUAACUUUCUAGUGACAGCAUCUUCCAAUGGUGACAAAAUAGUGGUUUCAAAUUGCAAGUGUAAACCUGUUCCACUUUUAGAGUUUGGUGAAGGGCAAAAGCAGACAUGUGUCAGUUUGAAUUCCACUUCUAUGUAUUUGGUAAGCGGAGGCCUAAAUAGCACAGUUAAUAUUUGGGAUUUAAAGUCAAAACGAAUUCAUCGAUCUCUUAAGGAUCAUAAAGAUGAAGUAACAUGUGUAACAUAUAAUUGGAAUGAUUCCUACAUUGCUUCUGGAUCUCUCAGUGGGGAAAUUAUUUUGCAUAGUGUAACCACAAAUUUAUCUGCUACACCUUUUGGCCACGGUAGUAACCAGUCUGUUCGGCACUUGAAGUACUCCUCAUUUAAGAAGUCGCUCUUGGGCAGCGUUUUUGAUAGCGGAAUCGUAACUCUCUGGGAUAUAAAUAGUCAGAGCCCCUACCAUAACUUUGACACUACACACAAAGCGCCAGCCUCAGGCAUUUGUUUUUCUCCUGUCAAUGAACUGCUGUUUGUAACUAUAGGCUUGGAUAAAAGGAUCAUUCUUUAUGACACUUCAAGUAAGAAACUAGUGAAAACAUUGGUGGCCGAUUCGCCUCUGACUGCAGUGGAUUUCAUGCCAGAUGGAGCCACUUUGGCUAUUGGAUCUUCCCGUGGGAAAAUAUAUCAGUAUGAUUUAAGAAUGUUGAAAUCAUCACCAGUGAAAACCAUCAGUGCUCACAAGACAUCUGUGCAGUGUAUAGCAUUUCAGUACUCUACUGGUUUUUCUAAGUCCAGUUUAAGUAAAGGCAGUACAAAUAAGCCCACAGCUGUGAGCAAACGAACUGUUAAUGUCAGUGGUGGACUUCAGAAUUCUGGAAUUGUCAGAGAAGGGACAGUCUCUUCCAUCACCACAGUUCUACCACAGCCCAUGACAACGAUUGUGGGAAAGGAAGCAGUUGCUGUUCAAGACAAAGCAGGUUUGCCUCAAAGCAUAAACACAGAUAUUUUAUCUAAGGAUAUAGACACUGGGAAAAAUCAGAAUUUCUCCAGUUUUGAUGAUACUAAAAACAGUAGUUUAGGUGACAUGUUCUCCCCUGUUAGAGAUGAUGCAGUAGUUAACAAGGGAGGUGAUGAAUCCAUAGGCAAAGGAGAUGCCCUUGAUUUUCUGCCACAGUUGAACUCAGUAUUUCCUCCAAGAAAAGGCCCAGUAGCUUCAAGCACUUCAGUAUUGCAUUCUAGUCCUCUUAAUGUCUUUAUGGGAUAUCCGGGGAAAGAAGAAAAUGAAAAUCAUGAUCUGACAGCUGAAUCUAAGAAAAUAUACUUAGGAAAACAGGAAUCUAAAGACUCCUUUAAACAGUUUGCAAAGUUGAUCUCUGGUGUGGAAUCUGGAAUUCUUAAUACCUCUUCGUCUUCUAACCAAACACGAAGUCCUGAGAAAUUUGAAAAGGCAGAGAAAGAAAUUGAAAGCCAAAUAAUAUGUGAACCCGCAAUCAAUGGAUCCUCAACUCCAAUUCCAAAGAUAGCUUCAUCUGUCACUGUUGAAGUUGCCAGCUCACUAUCAGAAAAAAUAGUUGAUACCAUUGGAAAUAAUCUGACAAAUGCACCAUUGACAUCUGUACAAAUCCGUUUUAUUCAGAACAUGAUACAGGAAACAUUGGAUGACGUUAGAGAAGCUUGCCAUAGGGAUAUUGUGAAUUUGCAAGUGGAGAUGAUUAAGCAAUUUCAUAUGCAAUUGAAUGACAUGCACUCUUUACUGGAAAGAUACUCAGGGAAUGAAGGUUUGGUGGCUGAAAUUGAAAGACUACGAGAAGAAAACAAAAGACUAAGAGCCCACUUUUGAAAUUUCAGUGAAUGCCUUAAUGUUUUGCAAUUCAGGAAUUUCUGGCAAUACACAAGUACAUGGAAUCAGUAUUGUUUUCAUGGUCUCUGGAAAAAAAUUUUUCAAGUGAAAGGGAGAUGGGAUUUUUCACCAACCAUUAUUUCAUCUUUUCUGUCAAAUAUAUUUAUAUUUUUAUAUUUAAAACUGUAAAUAUGUAUCUGCUUGAUAGGAAAGUCAACAGGCUCCUUACUUUACAAAAUCUUUAGCUCCACUAAGUGCCCUUUUUUAUAAAGAAAAUUUUCAGGAAAGUAGACUACAUGUUUUUAGUCAUUUAAAAACAUUUGUGAUUGACAGCCUUUCAAAUUGUUUUGAAUAUUUGAGGAUUAUAGAGUUUUGUAUACCUUCUAUUUUUAUGGUCAAAGUAGUUUUUAAAUGAGAGUUUGUGUUUUUUGCAGUUGAUUAAUAAAACACAAGGUUGAUUAG